UGUCCCUAUCCAACGAUUUGCAUUCAUGCAACUCAUUUUGCAAUGACACGCCUUGCAUCCAAAACUCAGUUGCUUCUAAAUGGAGUUGUUUGGGGGAGACCAGCUGAGGAGACCAACUGUUUAAAGAGAAAUACAAGUGGCUAAAUGUGAGAUGAAAGGCCUGAUGCAAAACCCUUCACGUUUGCUUUCUGGAGUUCAAUAGCCCGACGGCCAAAAAAGAGCAGAAAUAGAAGCAGUAACCCACUCUGGUGAAAAGGCCGAUUGCUGCCCUGGGAAUUUUGCCUCUUAGAUAUUGCAAAGAGAGGAGUAUCUUUCAUUACGAACCUUAUAAAAUAAUCAUCCGUCAUGAUCUGGGUUUCACGGCACCCUUUUCGCCUGUUUGCCGAGUGUAUUCAGGGCCAAUGUGGUGGUUUUAACAGAGCUUGGGAAAUUGGCUUCCAGGAUCCCACAGCUGACAGAGCGCCAUGUGUUCGGCUUCGAUAAAAGCCUUCAAAAAUCAGGAGUAUCAGCAACUGAAGCAGCAGUGCCUCCAACAAAGAAAACUCUUCGAAGACCCUGAAUUCCCAGCUUCUGACAAAUCGCUCUUCUACAGCACUGCGCCACCGGGGAGGAUCGAAUGGAAACGCCCAAAGGAACUCUGCGAAGACCCUCACCUGUUUGUGAACGGAAUCAGUUCCCACGACUUGCAUCAGGGCAGGCUGGGAAACUGUUGGUUCGUGGCGGCUUGCUCUUGCCUUGCCCUUCGGGAGAAUCUCUGGCAAAAGGUGAUUCCAAAUGUUAAGGAACAGGACUGGAACCGUAAAAGUCCAGAGAAACACGCGGGGAUAUUUCACUUCCGGUUCUGGUGUCUUGGGGAAUGGAUGGACGUGGUCAUUGAUGACCGCCUCCCAACCCUGAACAAUGAGCUGAUCUUCUGCCACUCUAAUGACCGCAAUGAAUUCUGGAGCGCACUCCUGGAGAAAGCCUAUGCCAAGUUAGCUGGAUGUUACGAAGCCUUGGAUGGAGGCAGCACUGCAGAAGCGAUUGUGGACUUCACAGGAGCGGUUACAGAAUCCAUUGACAUGGCAGAAGGCAAAUAUAGCCAUGACAUCAUUGAACAGGCCAAGCUCUUUGAAGACAUGCUGAAAGUGCAAAGAAGAGGAGGAUUGAUCAGCUGUUACAUCAAGCCCAUGUCCUCCCAUGAUUUUGAGGGACAGACGGUGAUGGGUUUAAUCAAGGGCCAUGCCUACUCCGUGACAGCAGUCCUGAUGAUGAGUCUAGAAAAGAAGCUCAUGUCAUGCACAAAGUCUAAGAAACUCUUCAUGAUCAGGCUGAGGAAUCCCUGGGGAAAGAAAGAGUGGAACGGUGCAUGGAGCGAUGAAUCAGAAGAAUGGAAAAAUGUGAGCAAAGCAGAACGCAAAAAACUGGGACUCAUGGUUGAAAAUGAUGGAGAGUUCUGGAUGACAUUUGAAGACUGGUGUAAAAACUUCACCGAUGUCGACAUCUGUCGCAUUGUGAACACAUCCCUUUUUAGCGUCCACAAGACCUGGGAAAAGAAAACGAUGCGCGGACAAUGGACCAAGAACACAGACCCGUUGUUGAACCGCUCUGGGGGAUGUUCGAAUCAGAAAGCCACCUUUUUACAAAACCCACAGUAUGCCUUCGAGGUCAAGAAGGUGGAGGACAAAGUGAUGGUCUCCCUGCAGCAGAAGGAUCGCCGCAUUCACAAAAAAGAAGGGACGGGGGAUAAUUUGGUUAUUGGCUUUGAAAUCUUCAAGGUGGAGGACAACAGAGAAUAUCGAAUGCAUACCUUGAAAAUACAGGAGAAGGUGGCUACCUCUACAUACAUUGACAAUCGCAUGGUCUUUCUGAAGGUGUUCCUCAAGCAAGGCCGAUACGUCUUGAUCCCAACCACCUUCAGCCCAGGCAUUGAAGCUGAGUUUAUUCUGAGGCUGUUCACAGAUGUGCCAUCCAAACUCAGAGAACUUAAAUUGCACAAACCAAGGCUAAGGUGUCUGGACAUCGUAUGCGGAGUCCCACAGAGAGUGUCCCAGGUCAAAAUCUUCUCAGUGGAGGGUCUUCCCGGUCAAGACAGACACGGUGGAGCAAAUCCCUAUGUUAUCGUCAAGUGUGAGAAAAGGAAGGUUCAGUCUCCCGUCCAACAUGGCACUGUCAAUGCUGUUUUCAAUACACAAGCUGUUUUCUACCGAAGGGAUGUCCAGAAACCCAUCGUUGUCCAGGUCUGGCACAGCAAUGUCUUCUCCAACCAGUUCCUGGGACAAGUGCUGAUGACAGCAUCACCCGGUGACCCCAAAGAACUUCAGAAGCUCCGACUCCGGGGCAGAGGCGGGCGUGAAGCAGAGGAGAUGCCAGGUCACAUCACCGUCAUGGCUCUCUCCAGCGAUGACCUUGCGGAGCUAUGAAUACUUAAGGCUGACAGGCCCAGACGAGGCUGUCACCUCGCAGCGAGGGACCUCAUUUGCCUUCUCCUCCUCAUCGGGAGGAAGGCCAAAGCGUCGAUUUGCAUGUAGGCGCGAACGGCUCUAAAAUUAGCCUCCUUCCCUUGUUGUGUCUGGGUUUUACCUGGGCAACAAAGAAAGAGAGCAGAAGCCACUCAGCGACCAUUAUGCUGUCAUCUCUGCUUUUCUCCACCUAUACGCAUGUUUCCAAUGAGACAAACAAGCACAUACAGAUACAUACCUGCAAGAAGUAGGGUGGCUUGUGCAACUGGAGUGACUGCAUUAUAAUCGUGGGGUGUGUUUUGAGCCCCUUUGUUAGAAAAUGAAGUUCCAGGGAGACGGACAAGACUGAGUUAACUGCCAAGAUCCUAUUUGACACCGGCAGAGUGAAAAGUUCAACUCUGUUCAUGGGCAAAUGAAAAGUUCAUAGGAAAAUGCUAGCUGUCAGCAAGAUGAUACAGUCUGUUCUGGACACACACACACACACCCAGCGUAAGGGGAAUUCCGUGUAUGUGUGAGCCCCAUUUAAAUGAAUGAGGCUCGUACACACGAAAACGUGGUGGCGCAUGCACACCACAGGCACACAUGCCAUUACCCCUCAUGGGGUGCGCCAUAAGUUUUACAUGUAAGGCACGCCCAUGUAUGAUGCGGGCACACUGUAAUAGGAGAAAUUUUCCUGGUGUGCCCCAUAGUUGGACCCAAUUAUUUGGGUUGGGAGGCAGAGCUGUACCCUGGUACCACCCAUCAACUGUUGUACAACCAGGAGAAAACGGUUGUGAAAGGUGGCACUGGAUACCUUCCUGUACAAUGUCAAAAAGUAGUUAUGGUACGGUAACUCCUGGUUGUAACAUAAGUCACUAAGAGGAUUCUAAACCAAAAUGUAGGACGAGAACGUGGAUCACGCCGCUGGAGCACAAAGUUCCAGCUCCUCUAUGAGUGCUAUACUGUACUCCAAAUUCCCCUUAAUCUCGCCAUUCAUUAAAUCGCCACUAACUGUAGCGGUAAUGCAUUUUCUUUGUCUUGUAUUAAACAGCCCCACGACAGUCAAAGUAGCUACUAUAUUUGGCAUGUUAAGAUGACAAAUCCCAUGUUGAGAGGAUCAAAAUGUCAGAAUAUUGCGCACAAAACUUUCCCCGUUGCUUUUUUUUAAAACCUGCAUUUCAAUAUAGAUAGUCAGAAUCAUUGGGUCUUGCAUUCAUAUUGAGAAAAUGCAUGCACUUUCCAUCUCUGAGUCAAUUUAGCCUUUAUCCAUACAGAUAAAAAAGAAUCCAUUUAAUGUCUUCUUCAUCUUCUUAUCUUCAGUGAGAAUAUCAGUAGGUUGUGGGAUAUCAAAUUGCCCCGUGUCGACGGGAGUGUUUGUGGAUAACAAAUCAAGGGUACCCAAAAUACUAUACAUCUCACAGAUGGCUGAAACGAAAUGGAUGAGGUUAAUAUAUCAUCGCAUAUCGGCAUUUCCCCCAUAUUGUUAAAAAAGCAACAUCUCAGUGUGUGGAAGGUAAUGCCUGUACUCUUCGCUUUUGCUUCUGUUAUCCACCAGGAUGUGUUACUCGGUACAGAAGCUUAAAUAAAUGUAUAUAUAUAUUGGCUAGAAUCCUCUAUCACAGUCCAUUUUAUUGAACUUUAUGUAUACUUAGCUGUGUGGUAAAGAGGCUAUGAAACCUGGUAGUGAAUUGCAAAGAUGCAUAACAGGAGACCGGUGUUCAAAUGUGCAAUGCAACCCAUGCACAUUGGGAGUGAAGUGCGUCGGUCCUGUGGUGCAUCAGUCCUGAUGUGCAGGUGCUUUUCAGCCACUACCUUCCACUAAAUGGCCAUUUUGAAGGAGCACCGGCAGUGGGUGAGUUUUGAAGAGUAGG